UCGGAUGAAAACUACAGAACAGAGUAUGAUGGGAGAUGAUAAGUAGGAAGCGGUUUGCAAGUACUACAAAACAGAGGAUUAUGGGAGAUAGAACACUGGGAAAUCAAGGUUGAAAUGAUGGGAGUGAAAACAAUCUACUAGAGCAUCCUGGGUCCCAGGACAUGCAUCCUGUUUGGCUGCUUAAUGUCCCUUUACAAUAGGAUGUGGCUGCUGAGGAAAUUCUGAGGUUGCCUCGAUUUUUAUUUUUUUUUGGAUUUGAAAGCCAUGGACCAUUCACCUCCUCCACCAACUGGAAUAUGCCUGGACAUGUGUCCUGAGCAAGAAAUUAGGCUGCGGGAGCAACAAGGACGUCUGCAUCGGUUUGAGACAGCAAAUGUGGUCAAUGCAAAAAAGGUUAGAGGAGGAUAUUUACAUGUUGCUGACCCCAAAAAGGCUGUUAAGGAAUACAGUCGUCCUGCAGCAGGAAAAGAGCUCUCCUGUCCCCGUGAUCUGCGCACUCCUAACACCCUUUUAAAAACUGUACAGUACCUGAUAAUGGACGUAUUUGAAUAUGCCAAAGAUAGGGGCCCUAGAAUGUUAGCUGAGGCUUAUUCUUUUGUGUUUGACCGUUUACGUUCGGUAAGGCAAGACCUGAUAGUGCAGAGGGUGCGGGGGAAACUUGGGGCUCAAAUCCUUGAAGGGAGCUUAGGAUUCCUAUUGUGUGCUCCUUACUUGGUAAGGGAGUUGGCCAUAGAGUGGUACGAUGAAGUGCUGCAUGCAGUCCAAGUGCGAGAGACCUUUUCUGAUCUUAUGGAAUGUUACCAGGAAGGUGGAAGCUACCCUAGGCAAGCUGAGUUUCAGGCUUUGCUCCUGCUCUAUGAUUUAGGCAACCUAGAUGCCAUGCAUAGGGCAAUGACCCUUCCCCGUGGUGUGGGGGACUCACCACAUGUCAAUUUGGCUCUUGCUAUUAGCAGAGCACACCUGGAGAGCAACUGGGUGCGACUCUUCCGAUUAGUGCACCGGCUUAAUUGUCUCCAGGCAUGUGCCUUCUAUGGUCAUGUACCCAUCAUCCGCCAUAGAGCUCUACAUGUCUUGAACCAGGCCUACAGCAGCAAGAAGCUUCUCUUCCCGUUGGAUAAUCUGGCCAAGCAAAUUGGGGCUAAUGGUCCAGAAGUGGUUGCUGAUAUGUGCAAGAGGCGAGGCCUGACCCUUGACCCAGGGGGCAAGCAUGUCAUGUUUUUUAAGGCCUCUUUUAUUGGCGUAGGAUCUGAAUCUCCAGGUCGAGAGGUUCUCCUGGUGGAACAGAAGAGAAGAGAAUGGAGUUGGGCUGAGAUUAUGAUGGGCGAGGAAGAAGCUGGGUAGAUGAGAUCAUCUUUGUAAUGGAAGCACAUCAAAUGGACUUACCUGUAUAUUACAGUUUCAAGCCAGUUUUACAAGUUUGUUUGCUUUUACAAACAUUAAAGGGACAGUCUCGCAGAGAAGCAGAAACCACCAAUGAUCUAAUCAGCAGCGCUAGUCACAUGAAUCGGAUGUGCAUCUAGCUCUGCUGAGUGGAUCAGUGUCUUUUCCUCUUGGGACCAGCAGUGCUCUGCGGCUCCAAAGCGGUACUUCAACUGUGUGUUUAACCCCUUUUGCAGGGGUUAAACACACAGUAGUAUAGAGUUGAUAGUUUUAAAAUGAAAUGCUCUAACAAAGAAAUUGAUGGGAAAGGAGACUGCAGUGUCUGGUUAAAGUCUUGUAAUUACAAGGUGUUUAAAGGGUCAGUCUACAUCUUAGUCAUGUUAAAGUCUUACCUUAGAUUAAGCUGCAAAUAGCCUCCUGCACCUUUUCUAUAUCACGCAGCAGGAACAGUAAAACAAUAAUUUUAAAAUAAAUAUAUUGUUUCUGGCCAGUUUGAAAUGGCUGCCAAGCUCCACCCACUGAUGACAUCACGAUCUGGGCUGCAUAUGGUGCCCAAUCACAAAAGGCUCACUAGUUGGAUUGAACAGACUGUCAAUGCUAUUCAGCAGAGUGCCUAGAUGCAACCCAGAUCGUGAUGUCAUCAGGGGGCGGAGCUUGGUAGCCAUUUCAAAGUGGCCAGAAACCAUAUUCAUAAAAAAUAACAUUUUACUGUUCCUGCUGCAUAAUAUAGAAAGGG